AUGUACACUAUUCAAAACAUGGUAGAAGAGUUUCUAGCACAAAACAAUUUGCCUCUAAAUGCUAUUCUCCUUUUGGAUAAUGCACCCUCUCAUCCUCCUGCAGAGGAAUUGGUAAAACAAACUCAUAGUGGCAAAAUUUGGGCGCAUUAUAUGCCCCCUAAUGUAACCCCAUUGAUCCAACCCAUGGAUCAGAAUGCAAUUCGCUUGCUUAAAUUACAUUAUAAAAACAGUCUAUUGUCUCGACUCUUUUCAACACCGGAGCAAAAUGUAUCUUUGUUUUUAAAGCAAUUUAAUUUAUUUGAAGCAACGAUUAUAUUGGCAUCAGCUUGGAAAAGUGUGUCUGAGUCUUCUUUGGCAAAAUGCUGGAACAAGAUUUUAAGGGAAAAUUACCACUUUGAUGAAGAAGAUGAUCUCCCUUUUGCUUCGUAUUUACGCCAUGACGAAGAUACAAUUGCAGUUGAAACUGGAGUUCAAUUGUUAAGAUCAAUUUUUCCUACAGCAGACAUAUCAGUAGAUGAUUUAAACAGCUGGGUUGAAAACAUUACCCCACCUGAAGACGUCGAUGAAGAUGAAAUUCAAAAUGAUGAGGAUAUUGUCGAAGCCGAAAACUUAGAUCCAAAAAUAAAUCAUGCGGAUGCAGUCAAACAUUUUGAAGCCUGCAUUAAAUGGACAGAGCAAAAUAAUAUAGAUUACUCAAAAUCAAUGGUUUUAAGAGAGCUUCAAGAAGAGGCUAUUAAAAAAUUUUAUGAGUAG